AUGAUGUAUUCCAAUAAAGCUGAUUUAAACUCAACUGAUUCUACAAAUAGAAGACUAUCAUCUAAUAAUACAUUUGAUAUUGAACUUCAACAUCCACAACCAAGACGAAGACAAACAACAAAUAAUGACUAUGACAGCGAUCCUAAUAAGGAUCGAUAUUAUACUCGUGACAAUUCAAUACCAGCAAAACAAGAUGAAAUCUAUCUAUCCAAAUCUGAUCAACUAUUACCAAGAAAUAAUAUAAUAGAAGCUCCAAGAAAUAUAUCGAUUAUAUCCUCUCAUGAUCCUAUGUUAAUUCCUACAUUAUCCAUGGUAGUUGAUGAGAAGUCUUUAUCUUUCAUGAGUGGAUCAAUCUUAACUGGCCUUUUAUUCAUCCUUCUUCCUAUUGUAUUGUUCAGCGGAACUGUUUUCCGAUACAGUUUUGCUUCGUUUAUCUAUGGUUUUCUUCUACUUGCUAUUCCAUGGCUAGGUUCAAUAAACAGACGAAAUAUUCGAACUCGUUAUCGUUUAUUUAUCAUUAUUGUUGCUUUAAUUAGUCUUGUCGCUAUUAUUGCUCAAAUAAUCUUUCAAUCCAUUCUUGUUGCCAAAAAGCCUUAUGGUCAUACGCUCAAUAGUUGUACGACGAUUACUCUGAUUCUUCGAUAUUUUGGUCUGGAACGUUUGGAUAAUGCUGACGUUAUUCGAAUCAUACGAUUGGUCUUUCCUGAUAUCAUCAUAUUCGCUGUAUCGACAAUUUGUUUUAUUAUUAUCCGGCGUAUACUAGUGAAAUUACAACGACGCGAAACUGCCGAACUACAAAUAUCUGCAAUAUCAAAUGAAACAAAUAUAUCACCAUCAAAAACUAACAGUAUCAGUAGAGCAAAUAAGGGGAAAUUUUGGCAACGCGUACUGUCAAUAAUACGACGUAUACGUCUAUUUAUUCAAUUUAUUUUUGUGGGUGGUGCUGCAUUCGUCUAUCCAAGUAUAAUCAAUUCUGUUUAUUUCAUUUUCUUUAUUAUUAUGGCAUUUACAUGGUCAUUAUCUGUCAAAUUCGGUAGAAAAUUUGUAUUAUUCCGUUCCUUAUUAGUCAUUUAUGCGGCCAUACAUUUACUUACUCUUUAUCUCUAUCAAUUUACAUUUUUUCAAGAAUUUAUACCUCCAUUUUCAUUAUGGAGCAACAUCACAGGUUUAACAGCCAUUGUAACAACUAAUUGUACAAAAAAUGAACCAAAUCUUGCAACAAAUCUUGCAUGGAAUGAUUAUGUCAAUCCGGGUGCUAUUAUGCUGCUUUAUUUCUAUCUUGUUUUUGAAACGGAUCGAGCCCUUUCUCGACGAAAAAUACGAUUGAACAGUACAACACUACAAUCUAUGGAACAACAGAGUUUAGUUAAAACUGUCGAAAGAUCUGAUACGUCAGAACAAAGCCCUCGAAAAUCAUCAAAUCGAUGGAGCCUAGAGCAACCUGGUGAUCAUACAUGGCAAGAACGAAUAGUUUUUAUUGCAUUAUCGUUACUUCGUGUAUUAGAAAGACAAAGUUAUUUACUAUCGAUAAUUUCUAUGCUGGUAUGGAGUAUAACAUUUCAUAGUUUAAUAACAUUAGUAUUUCUUCUUUGGGCAUGUUUUCUUUGGGUAUUACCCAAUUCUCGAAAGUGGUGUUUAAGAAUGAGUCCAUUUUUUACACUUUAUGGUGGAAUAUUGCUAACAUUACAAUAUAUAUGCGGUCUCAACAUAAGUUUUGAUCAAUUUGAAUUUGCCUAUGAUCGUCAAACGAUGAAACAAAUUGGCAUCGAAACGAAUGAUUAUUAUCCAGCCUUCGUACCAUUACUUGCUAAAUCAUUGUAUAUGAUGUUUUUUUGGUUAACACUUCGACAAUAUAUAAAUGAACGGCAAAAUCCUAAUGUUUCAACCAUUGAAGAUCAACGAUUCAGUAGAUCACCUGAUUCAUAUCCGCGACGACUUGGACAAUGGCUGAUUAAUAUUUUAACAAAAUAUUGGAUAUUUUUUUCAUGUGGAAUGCUGCUACUUGUUAGCAUUCAGAAUACUGUUGUGAUUUAUCGAAUAAUCUACAUGGCUUUUUAUUUAUUCUUCAUUCUUUCAUUCCAAAUUUCAUUUGGAUUUUGGCGAAGAACAGCAGCUACAUUUCAUUUAACGAUUAUCAUCUAUUCAAUGAUUAUUUUAAUUGGAAUAUAUAUUUAUCAGUUUAAAGUAGUUGAAAAUUUUUUAUUAGCACGAUUUAGUCCAGAAAUCCUUGCAUCAAUUGGACUUGAAGCUGUUGCAUCAGACGUUUUGGCUGUUAGAUUAUUGACACCAAGCACAUUUCUUAUUGUUAAUAUUAUGCAACUUUAUUAUUUUCAUUCUGGUUGGAUGGAUUUAAUUACGAUGCCCAGUGAUAAAAACAUUCAAGGUAUACCAAAUGGCACAUUAAAAGAUAUUCAUGCUUAUGCAAAACAAAAUACUGAACAUGUAAACAGCCUUCAUAGUCAACAGAUACUAAAGAAUGAAACGAAAACUUGGCUAGAAACUUUAUAUAAAUUUUAUUUUCGAGCCAAUCGUUUCUAUAAGCAAAUCAUUUAUUAUAGUUGGCGUUUCGGUGAAUUACAUUCAUACAAACUUGUUCUUUUCAUGAUGGUUCUUGUUGCUUCACUCAAAGUUUGUGCAUUUAAUAUAUCAUUAAUUAUUUUAACAACCAUCGGUUUAACACUAUUACGUCUUCGGUCAUUAAUUAAUUUAUUAACAUUAAUUAUUACUGGCAUUUAUAUUCUUGCAUCAAUGUGUUAUCAGUUAGAAAUAGCAAAAAAACAAAUAAUUGAAAAAAAUAUUUUUGUUAAAAGUUGCUCUAAAAUUGAUUCAAAUAUGACAUUGGAUUCGAAUAUGACGUUCAAUUUAAAUGUUACGCUUGGCUCAGCUGCCAAUAUAAUACCUAAUGACACAGCAAAAUGGUUUGGUCUUGAAUUAACAUCAAAUAUGGGUCAAUUCAUUGGCACGUAUAUAAUAUUAACAAUUGUUUUAACACUUGAUGCAAUUGUACGAUAUCGGCAAAGACAUCGUCGUUUAACAUUAUCAGUUCAUUUUAAUGUUCAUCUUAUUGAAAAUCGUUUCCCAAUUUUAUUUGAACCAUUUGCAUUAAAAAAUGUCCAUGAUGAUACAUACGAACAUGAUAUUACUAGUUAUCAACAAGCUGAUCAAGGUUUAAAGAAUUUCUUUAAAUAUUUCUUGAAUUUUCUCUUUUAUCGAUUCGGUUUAGAAAUAUGCUAUAUAACAACAAUAAUUGUUAUCAGUGUUCGUCUUGACGUCGUUGCUGUUUUUUAUGCCAUAUGGCUUGGCCUAUUUUUGAUUUCAAGGCGACGAGCCGUGCGAAGAUUAUGGCCUAUUUAUAUUUUAUUUCAAGUUAUUGCUUUUCCACUGCAAUACAUGAUUGCUGUUGGAACACCACCGAUUCUAUGCUUUGAGUAUCCAUGGACAAAUAUCAAUAUACGAGUUUGGCCACAAUUGAGACAUUGGCUUCAUCUGCCCGAUUAUAUAGAUCCACCAUUGGCAACCCAGUUGAUUACUGAUUUCUUUCAAUUUCUAUUUGCUUGUCAACAAUGGCGUGUAUUUGCAUAUGAAACAAACGAAAAGGAUCACGUGUAUAAUGAUGCUGGUGGAUCAAAUCGUGAAAUAAUUUACGAUGACGAUAUGUACAAAAAUAAUCCAACAUGGGAUUUUGUAACAAAUAAACGACAUUGGCUUGAUCAUAUAAAAUAUGCAGUAUUUAUGUAUGGCGUAUGGGUUGUUUUAUCGAUUGUUUAUCUUGCUGGAACAACACGCAUUAGUCUACUUGGUCUUGGUUAUCUUAUAGCAUGCUUUUAUUUUCUUUGGUAUGGUCAAGAUUUUUUAACAAAACGUGUCGCUUUUAUGUUACGAUCGUGGAACUAUUUAAUAUACUAUUGUUUUUCAGUAAUAUUUUUAAAGACAUGUUUACAGGUGGUAGUUUGCAUGCUUCUUUAUCCAUCUUCAACUUGCACGAUGACAUCGCGCACUUCUUCAUUUUGCAUAGUAGUGGAUUUGUUUGUACCAUGUUUGAAAUCUUAUUUUAAACCGUCAAGUGAUUGCUAUGUAUCUUAUAAGGAUCCUAAUGAACAAUGUGAUCGAGAUGCUGCUGAUGCCAGUCUUUUUAUGGAUGGCGUUUGUAUGAUAUUUUUAUUAUUGCAAAAACGAAUGUUUGGUAGUUACUAUUGGGAACAUAUUGUAACUGAACUUCGUUCUCAAGCUAAAUUAGCUAGCCAAGGUGCUGCUUUAUUUAAUCAAAUAUCACUGAAACGAAUGGAAGAAGAUCGUCUACGUGAAGAACAAACCGUAUCGAAAAUAACUCGAAAUUUAAAACGAAUUAAAGAACAACAAUCGAAAUUGAAUAAAUCGGAGAGUAUACGUCCUUCGACACUGACAGAAUCAUCUGAACAUUUUGAAGCUAUACGAUCGGCUGAUUAUUAUAUGUUUGAUUAUGAAUCAGACGAAAAAAAAGAAGAUGAUGACGAUGAGGGAGCACAAAAUGAAGCUGAUGCUGCUCAAAAUCAGAUUUUUCAAGUUUUAGUAGCAACUGAUGAAGAUGAAAGUAUUGGUGACUCACUUAAAAAGCCUCGAAAAUCAUCUGUGCUUGAAUCAAAUGUUCAAGAACUAAUUAUAAGACCACGAUCUCCUCCUCCUCCUCUUUCAUCCACAACAAUGGAAACAAUGCCAGAUUCAACAAUACCUGAACAGGCAACAUCUGUUGAAUCCAAAGAAAAACUGAAAACAAGACAAAAACAGAUUUUAUUUAAAAUUCGUUUAAUUAUUUGGAUUAUUGUUGACUAUUUUAUUGAUUUUGUUAAUCGAAAUUCUCGUGAUUAUCGCGAAGUUUCAAAUAAGUUAGCUGAAAUGAAAGUGGAAGACAAAGUUUUUCAAAAACAACGAAUGCGAAUGGAAACAAGUUCUGAUCUAACUUCGGUAAUUAGCAUCAAUGACAUGAUUGAUGGUAGUGGUGGUGGUGGUGGUCAACAAUCUCGGAAUAUUUCUCUUCGAAAAGUAUCUCAAUCGAUUCCAUUAAGUGAACAUUCACGUCUUUACCGUUUAUUCGAUUCUCUAUUUUAUUUAACAAUGUCUCGAUCUGAACUUCUAUGCUAUUCAGCUAUGAUAAUAGAUCAUUUAACAAGCGGCGCACUUUUAUCAAUCCCACUACCAUUAUCAAUAUUUCUUUGGGCAACUUUAUCACCACGGCCAACACGAAAUUUUUGGAUUACUAUUUUGACAUAUACAGAAGCCAUGAUCGUAGUUGAAUAUAUAUUUCAAUUUCGAUUUUAUCCAUGGAAUGCUGACAUAGCAGAUGUUCGUCCACUAGCAGCAGUAAACAUUAUUGGAAUCGAUCGAAAACAAAGUGCUACUUCAUUUGCUGAUUUAUUUUUACUUUUAUCAUUAUUUCUUCAUCGAUCUAUUUUAAAACAACUCGGACUUUGGAAAUCAGAACGAACAACACCAAUUAAUUCUAUAACUGAACAUACCGCUCGUAAUGAAGAACAACAAAAACAACAACAAUCAGAUGAUCAGUUGGAAAAACCACGCAUAAAAAGUAAUAUAUAUUUUAUGAAAUCAAUUAUGAAAUUCUAUCGCCAACUGAAACAAGCAUUAUUUGUUCGUGACGUUUAUGCACCCAUGUUCUUCUGUGAUUUUGUUAAUAUGGUUAUUGUUAUUGCCUUUUAUAGUCAAUUUGGAGAACAAAGUGGUGGAAAUGUAGUACAAACAAUAAAAGAAAAUAAAGUUCCUGUGGCUUUCCUUGUUAUAUUAUUAAUUCAAUUUGUAUUAAUUAUAAUUGAUCGUGCACUUUAUUUACGUCGAAAUGUACGCGGCAAAUUGUUCUUUCAACUAUUUCAAGUCAUAGCCGUACAUGUUUGGUUAUUUUUGGUUUUACCUGGAAUAACUCGAAUAAAAUUUCGUGAAAACGUAGCGGCACAAUUUUGGUAUCUAUUCAAAUGUGUUUAUUUCGGUUAUUCAUCAGUACAGGUACGACUAGGUUAUCCAAAGCGUAUUGCAGGAAAUUUUCUUAUGAAACGUUUUAAUUAUGUAAAUCAAGUACUCUAUCGAAUUUACUUAUUUAUACCGUUUUUACUUGAAUUACGUACAAUUAUGGAUUGGAUAUUUACGGAUACAGCACUUGACUUAACAAGUUGGUUACAAUUAGAAGAUAUUUAUUCAAAUGUUUACUUACUUAAGUGUGGAAGAUGGGCAGAAGAAAAAUAUCCAACCAAGCGUGGUGUACCUCGGACAAAAGUAUCAAAAUAUGGAAUCGGUGGUUCAUUGUUAGCUUUAUUAAUUCUAUUGAUAUGGUUUCCAUUAUUGUUUUUUUCAUUUACUUCAUCAUUUUAUGAACCCAAUCCACCAACAGAAGUUAGUGUUGAAAUAAAAUUAGGUGGUUAUUUGCCAAUUUAUAAAAUGACGGCACAAGAUAGGGACAUAACUUCAUUUACAAAUGCUGAUUAUAACAGCUUUCGUGCGGCACUUUACUUACCAAAGAUUGCACCAGCUAUUGAAGACACAGCUUAUGCAUUUCUACGUGAUUACAAUUCGAAUGAUAUUCAUUGUGUAAAUUUAUUUUCAACAAGUGUCGAUCUAUGGGAAAUAAGUCAGCCAAUACGAGAUAUUGUCAUAAAUAGUUUAAAAUCAAAUUCUACACCAGUGCCUGUACGAUUUUCAUACACAAUAACACGUAAUCCACCAAAUCAAGAUGAUUCAGAAGAUAUUGCUGCAGUUGUGUCAGGUGAAAAAACAACUAAUAUUGCAAUAGAUGAUCGACAAACUCGAAACGCAUUGAUUGACAUACUUAAUGGAACUCUUGAUACACGAACAAGAGAAUUUACAAUUGUACAGUUAAUGCCACGAUUUUUACAUGUGAAACCAAAAGCAAAACCAGAUUCCAUUAAAGCAUUUGAAAAAAUUUUUCUAUGGGACUAUUAUGCUAAUAUAACUAUGAGCGUUUAUCAGACAAGAUCAAUACCGAAUAGUACAAGCGCUUGGUGGGAAAUGUCUGAAAAUCGAAGGGCAAAUGGAUUUAAUGCAUCAUGUUCACUGCUUCCCAGUCGAAAUUAUAUGACCAUGAUUUUUUUUAAUGAUAAAAUUUCACCAGCUAAUAUUUCAUUUCUAACUCGUUAUGGUAUUGUUGGUAUCUACAUUUCAAUUGUUUCUGUGUUUGCAUCUUUUCUUCGUGGUCAAUUAUUUGGUACAACGAAGACAAUUAUGUUUGAUGAAUUACCACAAGUUGAUGCACUGUGGUAUUUUUUAACCGAUAUUUAUUUAUUACGAACUGUUCGGGAACAUGAAAUUGAAGCUGACUUUUUUGAUCGUUUAAUUUAUAUUUAUCGUAAUCCGCAAGUGUUACUCUAUUGGACACGAGAGACAACAAAUACGCAAUUGAUGAUUAUUGGUCUCUAUACAACAUUUGUGAUUGUUGUUGCACGAUUGUUACGUACAAUCUUGCAAACAAGCCAAACAAUUAUGUUUAACGAAUUACCAAAUGUUGAUCGCUUUUGGCAUCUUUUACGUGAUAUUUAUUUGGUUCGAGAACAUAAUAUUUUACGUAUUGAAGAACAAAUUUUCGCUAAAAUUAUUUUCUUGUUUCGUUCACCAGAAACGCUUAUACAAUUUACAAAACCCAAAAUAGACUAA